GUAGGCGACAAAAUCAGCUCCAUCUGCCUUCCCGAUCAACGCCUCAAACUUCCAGAAGGUCACAAAUGCUACGCUGCGGGUUGGGGUGCUACGGCACCUGAUUCCCGUCCACUUGCAAUACCCUCGGCACUCAUGCAAUUUUUUACAUCAAUCCUACCACCCACGAAGCAAUGUGGUCUUGGACAGUCCUCAAGUAAUCGUCGCUGCAAAAGCGCCAAACAACCACUAAAGUUACUUGAAGUCGAGCUACCAUUGGAUACUUGCCGUGGUGAUAGUGGUGGUGGCCUUUUCUGCCAGAAUCCAAAGGAUGGUAGAUGGCACAUCUACGGCAUCACAAGCUUCGGUUCGGUCCAUGGUUGUGGCAAACACUACGGUGUCUAUACUUGCACACGAGGAAUCGCUGAGUGGAUUCAUGAAAAUGUUGUUUAG